AGCUCCGCGUCAGUUGGUCGAGUCGUCUUCGAGCUAUCUCGUUGCUUCUCGAGAGAUAUAAUGGCGGAGGAAAACGAACGGCAAGCGAUGGACAUUGGUCGCCCAACCAAUAUCUGUCAUGUGGCUCAUGUAACAUAUGAUCGCUUCGUUGGUUUUCUUGGUCUUCCUUCUGAAUUUGAGCCUGACGUACCCAAGAAACCCCCUAGUGCAAGUGCAACAGUGUUUGGGGUUUCUACAGAGUCAAUGCAGUUAUCAUACGACUCGAGAGGGAACUGUGUUCCGACCAUACUCACGCUCUUACAAAGCCGACUAUACGAUCAAGGAGGUUUGCAGGUAGAAGGAAUUUUCAGAAUCACAGGGGAUAACAGUGAGGAAGAGUUUAUUAGAGAAGAAUUAAACAAAGGAGUCCUACCAGAAGGCAUCGAUAUCCACUGUCUCGCCGGACUUAUAAAGGCUUGGUUCAGAGAAUUACCGAGAGGUGUACUCGAUUCGCUGCCAUCUCAACAAGUGAUGCAGUGUGAGUCAGAGGAGGAUUUUGUGAAGGUUGUGAGACUCUUGCCGCAAACGGAAGCUUCUCUUUUGAGUUGGGCAAUAAAUCUAAUGGCUGACUUUGUAGAGUUUGAAGAUGUCAACAAGAUGACCUCCCGUAAUCUUGCUUUAGUCUUCGCACCCAACAUGUCUCAGAUGGCAGAUCCUUUAACAGCAUUAAUGUAUGCGGUGCAAGUGAUGAACUUGCUGAGGAACCUCACAGACAAAACGCUCAGAGAGAGGAAAAUUGCGUCUUCACAUGUCGAUCCUUGUGAUAACAAAAGUGAAGCUGAAGAUGAUGAUGUCGAAGAAUAUAGUCAAGAAGAAGAAAUGUAUGUUCUUGAAGAAGAAGAUGAAGAAGAAGAAGAAAAAGAAGAUGUUGAUGAACAUAAACCAUCAAGCGCAGUGAAUGCUAAUAAUCAAAAGAAACAGGAAGCAUGAAGACAGAUGUUGGAGUUGGAAACGUCAUUAGCAGUAUUGUGUGUUUCGAUUGAUUUCUCUUUUGCUUUUAUUUUCUUCGUUAUCUAAGGUGCAUGUAACUUAGGCUAAUUGUUCCAAAUACAACUUAUGCAUUUGU